GUUUUACUUUUGGUUCUCUUUUCUUGACAGUUUUCCGGAAAUGUCAGUCAAAAAAUGGGAUGGUGAACGGACAGAUACAGUUUUAAAACACUGUAUAGACUCAGUAUAACCUUUACCAACUGACACCAUUGAGGAGGAACUGAAAAGUACUGAUGUUAUGGAGAAAAUGUAUGCUAAUGUUAGUGCUGAAACCGUAAAGGUUCUUCAUGACCCCAAUAUUGAGACCCAGGACGUCACCUCCAGUGGUAUGGCAGGAAGGCAACAAUUUGCAAAGAGUAACCACCUCAAAGGUGCUGUAGUGUGUCUGGGGCUGCUGUGUGCUCUUUUACUGGCUGGGAUCACAGGCCUUUGUGUCGACUACAACAGAGUGGCAGGUGACUUUGAGGAGGAGCAGACUAAGCUAUUGACAGAGACAGACCAGCUAAAGGGGGAGAUAGAUAACCUUCAAAAGAAAUUAUUGUUUAUGGAGCAUCAUUUCAAAAUGGGAUGGCGUCAUUUUGGAUCCAGUUUUUACCUCUUCUCCACUGUGGAGAAGACUUGGGAGCAGAGCAAACAGGACUGUGUAAGGAGUGGAGCAGACCUGGUGAUCAUAGACAGCAGAGAGGAACAGAAUUUUAUCAAUGGAUUCAAUGGGAUGUUCUGGAUUGGUCUGUCUGACAUAGAGACAGAGGGGUCAUGGAAAUGGGUGGAUGGAACACCACUGACCAUAGAGUACUGGAAGAGGGGAGAGCCUAACAGUUUUGGCGGUGAAGAGGACUGUGCUGAGAGAAUGUUAAUUUAUUCUAACAUAGAGCAGAGCUGGAAUGAUGCACCUUGUGGUCAACUGAAGUUAGGGAUCUGUGAGAAAGUGGCUUAUCCGUAACUCAAACGGCAUAUAUAACUGCAUUCAAACUGCAUUAUUUUAUAGGUUACAUGGACCAUCAAGUAAUAUACUGUAUAUGCUUUUAUUUACAACUCCUGCUUGGACUAUUGCAUCAAAUUAUUAGAUUAUCAUUUCAAUUAUAAUUUUGAUUAAUUAUAUUUCCCCAUUGUUUAAAUAAAUAAAUAAAUAAAUAAAUAAAUAUAUAUAUAUAUAUAUAUAUAUAUAUAUAUAUAUAUAUAUAUAUAUCAAUGCCUAAUUAGCUUAGUACAACUGCUAUUACCCUAUAAUAACCCCAAAAUAUGUUAUUUUAUUUUGUUUUGUUGUCAUUUGAGUCUUUUUAUAUCUUAUACCAAAAGUAUGGAUGUAUGACUCCACUUGUUUCCAGAUUUGUAAAUAAAAGAAGAAUACACACCUAU